AUGGCCUGUCAGAUCUUGCUCGACUUUUCGCCACGAACCACUAGCCUGGCCCUGAGCGACACGAGCGGCCCCGGGGCUCCUUUGGGCCGUACGCAAACGGGGACGAUACGACAGCGGCGAUGGCACCCGCGAAGCAAGUACGGUUGCAUUACAUGUCGGCAUCGCCAUCUUAGGUGCGAUGAGGAGAAGCCGGUCUGCCGGCGUUGCAUCUCGAGCCGCAUUAUCUGUCGCGGAUACGACAACCCGACAUCGGAAAAGGGCAAGCCGCAGAAGAGUGCGGUCAAGACCACCACCGCCGCCACCACCACCGCUAUCACCACCGGUGGUCAUCGCGCGCUGCAGACACCUCCGGACACGCCGCCGGCGCCACCGCCACCUGUUGGCAGCGAGACGAGCGCAUUGGAGCCCUUUGGAAGCGUACACAGCCAUAGUAUCAACGUUGAGGUGGAGCCGCCAGAUUGGGAUUUGCAAGAGGGCAUACGUUACUACGCUCAGGUGGUCUUGCCAGGUCGGAAUGUCGAAGUGCGCAGCGGGGGCGGUCCAGAUUUCCAUGCCAAGACCUUUCGUUUCCCCAGGUUUAUCUCUCAGGUGAUUGGGGAUCAAAUCUCUAGGGCGUCCAAGGCCCGCGGUACGCUCCUAGCGCCCGGUCAAUAUCCUGCGUUCACGGGCGUCUGGGCCCGCUACUCUCAGCUCUUGAGCUCUAGCAUCAGGGUUGUCAACGAACACAUACUAGAUGAAGAUCCCAAUGCUUCGUGGCGUGUGCUUGUCGGCAUCGACCAGCUGCUAGUGCUUGACCUCUACGUUGAGCGAUCACUGUGGCAAGCUCAUCUCAGAGCCUUCUUUGAAUAUAUCCAACAGAAAGGAGGCAUCGCUGCGGUCCUCAAUCAGCCUGAGCCUCCCUUCUACUGCUUGAAUCACGUUUUGACCCUUGCUGAUCCUCUUGAGCGUCGCAGCAUCGCCAUCAAUGUCAACACGACCAGCCCUGCAAAACAGCAAAUUCAUGGUUUUGACGACUGCACGGAUGAUCAGCUAAUCUCCGUCCUUGAGUCUGCCUACAGCAUGUCCAUGCAGUGCCCGACAGAGCUGUAUGUUGUCAUGGUCUACAUCUCUAGGUUACGCGCAGCCCUGGCUCGGGCAGGAAGCAAGCCAAACCGGAGGAGCACGGAGGAAAAGGUGCGGCACAUCUUUGACUCGAUAGACCGCUUCAAUGCGGACGACUGGGCUGCAAAGCCUGAGUUCAGAGACAAGGUCAACGUUGUGGCCACCCUCGGACGCAUCUUUGCCGUUGCGGUCCGCCUAUAUGGCAUCAUGACGCUUCCUCCGUCCGCCGUCGUUGCUUGGAUGAUGGCAGUGGAAUCUGAGCCGGCGCCGGCGAUGUCUUUAGCUAUGAAUGAUGCGGUGGCAAUGUGCAACACUCUGCGGAUUUGGCAGAGGGAGGAGCUACUGGCACUCGCCCGGCAGUCCUGGGGCCUCCUUAGGCACACCACCUCGCUCUGCUGGCCGCUGGUGGUUGCUGGCGUAGCCUUUGCCGACGGCGCUGCGGAGGACCAAGACUUUAUUGAGAUGUCUCUCUUGUCCAUUUGGAAGCUGCCAAACACCCUCGCAGCCUUGAACCGCGAUGCCGCCCCCAAUCAACGCAACCUGCCAACAGCCCCUCCGUCUUUAGCCUGCCUUGCCGGCGUCCCGAGCGGGCGGGCUUCCCCGCUCGCCGCGUCCCUUAUUUCCCGUCAAGCUAGAGAAAGUUUCGUCCGCAUCAAUGCCUCACCCAUCGUCUCGGCCUGGGAUGGUCUCAUCGCGAAGAACAUGGUGCUGAAAUUCGUGAUUGAGGAUCCCCUAGCAACAGGUUACGACAGGAGCUCGAGCAGCCCCGAGGCACCGCUGGGACGCACUGAGACCGGGGAGGUCCGACAGCGGAGGUGGGCUCCACGGGCCCGUACGGGCUGUCUCACAUGCCGGCGCUGCACAGUGAGUCGCAUUACAUGUCGGGGAUAUACGCAACCCUCCCCAACGACCGGGGAUGGCAGCGGUCGCCGCGAUGUCGAUGCGCAGAAGAAGAAGGCAUGGCUUCGACCGCGCGGCGUGUCACCCGAAAUUGAGCCCAUGGACUGGGAAUUCCAAGAGACAGUACGAUACUUUUUCGAAGUCGUCGAGCCGAGUCUCUCACCGGAGGCGCGCAGGCUGAAGCCGAGUGACCUCAAGGACCCAAACUUCCCACGACACAUGCUAUACGCCAACGUGGUCAGCGACCAGUUGGAGCGGGCGUCUAAAGCGCGCGGGCGGGCGCUGCGGCCCGGCGAGGACCCGGCGUUCGAGGCGUCGUGGGCGGGCUACCACCGCAGCGUGUUGGACAACAUCAGCGCGGUGAAUCGGCUGCUGCGUGAAGACGCGCAACAUGCGCACGACGGCGCGCCGGCGACGCUGGCUAUCCUACAGCUGCUCAUCUCGGACCUCAAGGUCGCGCUGGCGCUGUGGGCGGCGCACCUGCGUGGGUUCCUGGCGUACGUGGCGCACCGCGGCGGCGCGACGCGCAUCAUGGCGCUACCGAAGCCAGAGAAGUCGCGGCUAUCCCCCAUAUUGGCAUUCACGAUGCAAAUUAACACGCACUGCCCGGCGGACCAGCAGAUCAAGGGCUCGGACGACUUCACCGACGACGAGAUACGGACGCUGAUCGGCUUUGACCCAAGCAAAGUCGAGCCGUGCCCGGUCGAGUUCCACCUCGCGAGGGUGCGCAUCACGCGGCUGCGCGUCGCCCUGGCCCGCGGCCGGAUGAGCCCGGACGAUGCCGGCCUGGCGCUCCAGGUGUGCGAAAUCUUUGACACCCUAUGGCGCUUCGACCUCGAGGCAUGGGCUGGGGAGAAGUUUGCGGAUCAGAGCGAGGAGGUGCAGGAGAAAGCGCGCGGCAUAGCGCCGAUAUACGCGGUCGCUAUUCGACUCUACGGCAUCCUGACACUGCCAGCCCAGGCGGUCGGAUCUUGGGCAGAGUCGGCGGAUGUGUGGCGCUCAUAUCUGGCUGACGCCAGCGACGAUGAUUUGUAUAAGAUUCUGAGGCGGCGACACGGCGACGAGCUGCUGCGGAUGCUGCGCGAGGGCUGGGUGACGGUCAGGGAGAAGCGGAAGCCGUGGCUGGCGUGGCCCCUGACGGUGGUGGGCGUGGCCGUUGCGGAUGGAAAGUUGGAGGCGGAUCGUGUGUUUGUGUACUCGUGCUUGAUGUCGAUUUGGAGGAUGCCGGACGUGUCCAACUCGUCCAUCACAGCGCUGGAGAAGCUCAGGGUGUUUUGGGGUUCGGGCAGGACGGGAUGGGAGGAGUGCUUCGAUGAGCCGAUUCCGUCUGCAGUUUGA